GCGCCUCUCUCAGUCGUUACUUCCGCUCUUCAAGAUAGCUGCAGGGGUCUCCCCCAUUUUUCUCAGUAGGCGGCGGCGGCGGUUUGAGAUGUUCGGCCUCAAGAGAAACGCAGUGAUCGGACUCAACCUCUACUGUGGGGGGGCCGGAUUGGGACCGGAUAGCGGCAGCGGCGCCUCCGCUCCGGGAAGGCGGCUUUUGGCUGCAGGAAAGGAGGCCACGGCCGGGCGAGAGGUAGGGGGAGGGGAAGCCGGCGAGGUGAUUGGCGGAAGCGCCGGCCCGAGCCCCCCGGCCACUCUCGCGCCCGACGCCCGGAGGGUCGCGCGGCCCUCGCCCAUUGGCGCCGAGGGCCCCGACGUCACCGCGACCCGCGCCAGGCUGCUGUUCUUCGCGCCCACCCGCCGCGCCUCGCCGCCCGAAGAGAUGGAAUCCUCGGUCUCCGACGCCAUCAUGUCGCCCGAAGAGGAGCUGGACGGGUGCGAGCCGGAGCCUCUAGGGAAGCGGCCGUCCGUCCUGCCUUUGCUGGAAUUGGUCGGCGAGGCCAGUAACAGCCCGGGCAAGGACGGCUCACUCCCCUCGACGCCGCCCCCAGCAGAGGAGGAGGAGGACGAGUUGUACCGGCAGUCCCUGGAGAUUAUCUCUCGAUACCUCCGGGAGCAGGCAACCGGCACCAAGGACGCGAAGCCACUGGGCGGGUCUGGGGCCGCCAGCCGGAAAGCGUUAGAGACCCUGCGACGGGUCGGGGACGGUGUGCAACGGAACCACGAGACGGCCUUCCAAGGCAUGCUUCGGAAACUGGACAUCAAAAACGAAGACGAUGUCAAAUCUUUGUCUCGAGUGAUGGUCCAUGUUUUCAGUGACGGAGUAACAAACUGGGGCAGGAUUGUGACUCUCAUUUCUUUUGGUGCCUUUGUGGCCAAACACUUGAAGAGUAUAAACCAAGAAAGCUGCAUCGAACCAUUAGCAGAAAGCAUCACAGAUGUUCUCGUAAGGACAAAACGAGACUGGCUAGUCAAACAAAGAGGCUGGGAUGGGUUUGUGGACUUCUUCCAUGUAGAGGACCUAGAAGGCGGCAUCAGAAAUGUGCUGCUGGCUUUUGCAGGUGUUGCCGGAGUAGGAGCUGGUUUGGCGUAUCUAAUAAGAUAGCCUUUUAAGUGCAAUAAUUGACUCUUAACCAACUCCAGCCACCAAAACCACAUACGCCUGCUGUGAAAUCAGAUGUAUUUAUGAAGUUGGACUUCAAGCUGUGCAGGCCAUAACCUCCAGGAGUUCUACUCCAGCAACGGAGAAAAGCAAGCGGCAGGAGGCUUAUGGCUAACAGGAAUAAAUACAUGGGAAAAGUAGUCCCUCUUGAAGAGUCACUGUCUGAAAGAAGCAGAAUUCUGUUUCAGCAACAGGCAAACUUUGGGAGGCCACGGAGGAGGACUUUUAGAUUUAGUGAAGACGGUAGGGUGGAGAGACUUUAAUUACCUUGCCUAGAACAGGAAAGUGGCCAGUAGCCAGGCUAGUCAUAGAGUUCAUUAAAUAUGCCCACUGAAUCCAUUAACUUCUAUAGUGUUAAAAUAGAAGCACUAACAAUGCCAGCGUCAUGUGUAAAAUGGAUUUUAAGCUACAAGUAAUAGAACCUAUGACUAGAAGCCUCAACACUGUACAACAGAGUGUGAAGGGAAGCUUUAUCCUCUGUAAUUAGCUUUCCUAGAUGUGCUUCUUGAAUAGAAAGUCCAAUGCUCAGGAUGUUUAUACCUGUUCUACUUUGGCUUGGUUUGAGUGAUUCCUAGUUUAUUAGCCUAGUGUCAUGGCCAAGAAUACUUGACUUAAGGCUCAAUUACAAAUCUGGAAUAUUCUGUUUUUAAGACAAAAACUUGUAAUCGUCUGUAAAAAUUGUAUAUAUUUUUACAGAACAUCUGUUUGAAAUGUAAAGGGAGAAAAGUCUGAAAUUACAUUAGUUUUUUCACACCCUUUUGAAAUUUACAACUUCUGUAGUUAGGAACCUGUUUCUUAUAGCUUUUUCUAUUCUAAAUUUUGUGCUAGUCAGUCCUAGAUUGUAUACAGAACCAACUGAUGUAAUUGUAUGCAACCUGGUUGUAGUACAACAAUUCUGAUUCAUAACUAUGCAGGCUUUAAUUUUCCUAUCUGAUUUUGGUAAGUAUUUGUUAAAUACCUGUUUGGGGGUUUUUUUGGUUUUUUUUUUAACCUGGGGCUGAGAAAUUGAGGAAUGGAAAUUAAUCCUUUCACUUUGUUACAUGUGGGUUUUCAAUAAUUGAGUCAAGGUUUUAAGGAUUUAUUGGGGGGGCGGGGCACACAGGCUGAUGACUUGGAAAUAAUGGGCUCUGAUUGGGCAACUACUCAUUUGAGUUCCUUCCAUUUGUCUUAAUUUAACUGGUGAAAUUUUAACUGAGUUCAUGAGCUCAUCUUCAAAGCUUUUGCUGAAAGAUUUUCAGCUGUUCCAAAUGGGACUUAUUAGGAGUAUGUAUAAAAAGAGCACAUUGGGUGGAUGAGAGACAUUUGAUCCCUUGUUAAUAAAUUGUACAAUGAUGGCUUGGAAAAACAGGCUAUAAUCUAACCAUGGUGCUAUUACUAGGCUUGCUUGUUAAACACAGGUCUAAGCCUAGUGAGUUAAUAAAACAAAUACUUAUUUCAUUUCUAUUAAUGAUUCUCAAACUUUGUUUCAGAUUUUUGCAUUGGCAUCUCUAUGGACUUCAGACUUGAUGUUUUAUCAAACUUACUGUUUAUUUCCUAUCCUUCCUUGAAAUAUUUGCUGCUUAUUCGGCUCCCUCUACAGAUAUUUAUAGUUCCUACAAAUUUACCUUGCCAUCCCUGAACUCUUACUAGCCCUUUUAGUUUUUGGCACUAGGAACCUAAGUGACCGCCCAAGGAGUCCACAGACCUUCAUCCUUCUUGAAUUUUAUCCUUAGGAGGUGGCAGUACAAUGGGUGCUGACAGUAACAGUGACGAGGUGAGAAGAGUCCCUUUUCCUUGGACUAGUAUCUUAUUGGUUGUUGCUUAAUCCUGUCUUUGGGGAGAAAUUUUCAAAAUCCCCUUAGGGAUUUUCAGAGGAAGGGAUGAUAUCUUAGGUGACUUUCUCUAGCUUCUUUUGCAUUUGAAUAUGCUCCCUUAAAAUUAUAGAAAUUGAUGGGCUCUGUUAAACCUCAGAGUUAUAUAAAAGCUACUAGUAAACUGGAGAAAACUUUUAUAGUGGAACCAGGGUCAUUUUGAAACCUUUAGCUUCUGAAUGUGACCUUUAGUAUGUGGACUCCAGACAAAAAUAGGCAUGAAUAAAAUGACUAAGAAUGUAAUUAGGGAACAAUUGCCCUGCCCGCCCAUCUCCAAGCCUUAAGGUCAUCUAGCUAGAGCUAUUUUUAUCUGUGUAUUUAUCAUUCUUGAUCAUAAACCACUUAUUUAUAUCAUGUCUAUCUCUAAGGACCUAAAAGCACUUUAUAUAGUUAAUUAAUCUUAAGAUCUAGUUAAGGUGACUAAAAAGGCCUGUCUCCCCAUAGCCAGUUAUGGAAAUAAGCACAGAGCUGUAGCUUGAUGGAGUUUAGGGGCCCCACUUCCCAAUUUACUAGGUGUGACUGCUGAAAUAUAGAUGAGAAUCUUCAGUUGCUAUUUUGGGUCAGAGGCUGUGAGGGCUUAGGGAGCCCAAGUGCUUCGGGGCAGGGUGGGUGAUUCUGUAGGGAGAAGAGGCACAUGUUUUAAGUGCUGACUAGCUGCAUAGUUCAGGCAAAUCUUCCAAAAUAGAAAGAGAGGGGCUGCCUGGAAAGAUGGCUCUCUCAGCAACUUCUGUCUGUCUGAUGCUUCUCUCAGGGAAAACCCUGCAGUCCUCUAGUGUCGUCUAUGUACAUUCUGUUGGGGGUGAACACCUUGGUUCUGGUUAAAACAGCUAAUGCUGUUGACAUCUGUGCCAGGAAGGGUUAGGACCAACUACAAACUAAUGUGGGCUGUAAAAUGUAGUGUGUUUCCCUAACUUCCUGUUUUUCCUGAGACGAAAAUAAUAAAUCUUUUAUUCAAAUGCAAGGUGUGGUACGGGUGUUUUCUAAUCAAUGCCUGUUUUCCUUCCCCCUCUUAGGCAAGCAUCUGAGGGAAGUUAGCUGAACAAACAGGUAUAGGUGAAUUAACCAGCAAAAGCCCCAUAAAACUGAUUUGCCUUAGAGCAAAGGUCAGUUCCAUUCAGAAUAACCCCUUCUUUCAUUCAAAUUAGAGCUGUUGGGCUUUUUUUAAAAUAUUUUUUUGGCCACGCCGCACGGCAUGUGGGAUCUUAGUUCCCUGACCAGGAAUCAAACCUGCACCCCCUGCAUUGGAAGCGCAGUCUUCACCACUGGACCAGCAGGGAAGUCCCGGGCUUUUAAUUACAUGUAUUACUGUUGUACUUUGGAGUAGUUCAAAAGUACAGCAGUAUAUUUUAAUACAAAAAUCAUAAUCCCCAUCCCCAUUUCUUUUAGUCACCAAAUGUUGGUAUAACUUGGGGGUAAGAGGGUUCACUACAACAGUUAUUGUAUCUCCCUAUCUCACUCAACCUUUUGAGGUGAGUAAAGGAGCUAGAAGAAUUAACACCCAAAGUUAAGUUUCCAUAAGGUUGUUGGUACUAAUCUUUAAGUGCCUUUCCCCUUUCCUCCCAAAAAGGAGGUGAGAAUAAGCAAGUCAAUUUCAGAAGCCCUAUCCUGUCUUUAUUUUCAGCUACCUUGAAAGGGAGGGGAAUCACCAUGGAAAUGUGCAAAUAUGAGGUUUGCAUAUUGGUUUUAAGCCCUGAGCACCAAAUGCUAAUCAUGCAAACAGGAUUCUGCGCUUUUCCCCCUUCAGGUUUUGUGCAUUUCUGUUUGGCAGCCCCUCUUUUUCUGGAGCCUAACUACCAGAAGAUGGCAGUUUUUUCUCAUUACAAAGAAAGCUGUUUCGUACAAAUGAACUCCCGAACAGGUGUGGAGGGAGAGUAGCACAAGACAGGAGCGCCCAAAUCGUGGUCAGAGUCAAGUUCUGCUGUGCAAAUACUAUUGCUCCCAUUGCUCUGUUGUGAUGUGAAGCUAUUUCUGUGGCAAUAUUCCUUAGUUUAACACCUUAAAAACUUGGGUCAAAUGGUAACCAGUAACAUGAGUCACUGAGGGAGUCAAAAUAAUCAACACUUCCCCUCAUUUGACACAACCAGACUUUUUCUUUCAGUUCCUGUUUUGCUACUUUAGUGCUAGCUCUUGCUUCAGACUGUUUCAGAACAUUUUUCUUAAAGCAGUUGUGACAGCUGGAGGGUUUUACCAAAGUUAAAGUGAAAUAAUUUGUACAACUGGUGUGUAGCACGGCUCCAGCCAGAUGCCCAGAGCACAGGCCAUUAAUUCCUGGAGUUCAAGAUGAUCAGCUGAGUCUGUCUUAAUUUAUCCUAGUUCUUUUUGGCCCCACUUUUUCAAUGAUUACAGAGCUUUGUCUUCUGGAACCCUCCCACACUCUUUAAAGGCUUCUCAGUUUCAAGAUUUGAAAGCUUAACUCUGUCCCUCUUCUUUAGUUUCAAAGUUGUUACAGUGUUAUCUUAGUUAUGUGAAGCAUGUGGAAAGUUGGGAGUUGGGAAUCUGCCUGCAGGCGGAUGUAACAGACCUCUCAGGGAAUUCUGUUCUUUACUAAUGAUUCUUGUGAGGUUAAAAAAAAAAAAAAAAAAAAUAGGGCAGGCUUUUGUUCUCACGCUAUACCUGGUCUUUCUUUUGCAGUUCCUUUCUUUACCUGCAUAGAAUAAUAGUUCUUGACUGUUGGGAAAUGUGUUUGGGCCAAGAAUACUACUCUGGAUUUUACCCCUUCCAAGUAUCCAUUUCCAUGGCUUGUCUCUGCCGUUGGGUUUCUGUAUUCUUACCCACUUUGCCUUCUCUCCUCUUCCCCUGUUCAGGGGUUACUUUAGUUUAUUAAGAGUGUUUCAAUACUUCAAUGAACUGGGACAUUUAAUGAGCUCAAGGCAGCCAAAUGUUUGUUGAGUUUCUUCAUUUGUCCAUUACCUGGCAGGGGACUGCUUACUAUGCACCAUGCACUUCUGGAUGCUGGAGUUAUGAAAAGACUAAUUCUUACCCUCAACGCAAUCAAAAAAGACUAGGGUGGAGUGGGAGGUUGGGGUUAGCAGAUGUAAGCUUUUAUGUAUAGAAUGGAAAAAAACAACAACCAGGGAACACUCAAAGAAACAUGACGACUAAAUGCAGGGUGAUCUUUGAUUGGAUCCUGGAUGAAAAAAGCUAUAAAGGACUUGGGAACAAUUGGGAAAAUUUUAAUAUGGGCAAUAUGUUAGUACUGUAUCAAUGUUAAAUUUCUUGAGUGUGUUAAUUAUAUUGUGGUUAUAUAAGAAAAUGUCCUCGUUUUUAGGAAAUACAUCUGAAGAAUUUAAGCAUAACAAAUCCAUGGAAAGAAAGCAAUUGUAGCACAAAGUUAAAGCUCACAGUCUAAUAGGAGUGAUAACAGACAAAAAUAAUUAGGAUACAGUACACAAAAUACUAUAAUAAAGAUAUUAUAGGACAAGGGGUGGGACAACUUCUGGAAGUAGAAGGUGGUCAAGAAGGCUUCAAAAUAAACAUUUGAGGUUGGACCUUAACAUGAGUAGGAAACAUGCACAAAAGCAUGGAGCUGAGAAGGAACCUCUGGUGGGGGGGUAGGAGAAGGGGGAGAUGUGUAGAUAAUCUUUUUUCUUCUCAUUUCAUCUUCCCUCCCUGCCUUCCUUCCCCUUCACCAUACAUGGCCAGUGAAGGUAGUAUCUCUUCAGUUUCUUCCAUUUAGGGCCUUAUAUAAAAGUAUUGGAAAACACUGGUAGGAAAAAAAAGAUGUCUCUUUGGUCGUAGAAGUCUGAAUUUGGUAUAAAUACAGCUGGGUGGACUGUUUAUUUGGGAAGUAAAGAAGAUAGACUGUAUUGGCCGUUUCCUCUGUCUUGUUAAAGUGGUAGCCCUGAACACACACAACUUAAGGAUCAUAGCCAUCACUGGAUCCUGGUGUAGGAGCUGGCAUUGGCAGACCUGCUUUGAAUAAAGAUGUCUUAAGAGCAUCACCUAAGUUCGCUCACACAUCUCACCAGCCAUCUUCACCCACCCAAGUUCACAUAGUCAGGGAAAGGAACCAGGUUUUUGAACAUGGACCCGAGACUGCUAUGCUCUCUGCAGAACAGAAUUUAAUAAAGAACAGCCCCCAAAAGUUAUUUAACUGGACCCUAAGAUACUGAAUGAUGGCUCCACUCUCCCUAAUCCUGUUCCCGUGGGAGACUCAAUUACAGCUAUUCGCAUCCUGGUUCAAAAAACUAGUUUGCUCUGACUGCCCAGACUUCCCCACAGGCUGCAUUCUUGCCCAUGAGCUCAUUGUUUUGGCUUCUCUGCCUGUAUAAGUCCACAGACAGGGCCUGAAGUCUCAGUCCCAGCCCCCUAGCUAGCUGGGGCUGCAUUCCAUUCAGAAUUUCACCACCCCCACUUGGUCUCCCCUCCCCCCACCCUCUGUGGUCACAUGUGUAUGUUUAUUGACGUUAUUCUGGAACAAGGUGUGCGGGGGAAAGAGCCAAGGAAGCAGACAAGGAAAAGAGUAUUUAACUGUUGGGUUUCUACCUGAAUUAGAUGAGUUUUCUACUUUAUUUUGAUUAAGAAACGCCUUCAAUUCCGUGCCCCUAAAAACAGUUCGUUUUCUAGUCUAAUAGGAGGAGCUGGUUUCAGAAAUUUUACUACACAUUUCGUAGACACCCCUACAGGGCUGGUAUGACUCAGGUGUUCAGAUUUGGGGUCGGGGGGGAGGUAGGGGUUUUCCCUAAGAAACAUUGGUUUCAUAAACAUUUUAUUCCUGAAUCUCUGCCCAGAUCUUUCAUGCAUUCCAUCCUCAGUUCACACCUCUAUUCCUGAGGUUGCCUGGAGUGGUUCCCACCCAUCUCUAGACCCUGAACGCCCAGAUCUAAGGUAAGGUGGGGCCCACUUUGGCCGAAGCGCUAUGGGAAGGGCAUUUUGCUUACUUGUAAAGCUUUGGGUUAAUACUGUAUGCCCAGUGUACGCCUUUCCUGUCUCUCCUCUUCAUCAUACCAAAAAAAAAAAAAAAAACCCAAAAACAAAACUGCAGACUGUGACUGUGGGAGGUGAUUUUUUCAUUUCUCAGAAAUCCUCCGUGAGGCAAAGUAGAGAAACAGAAAGAGGGAAACAACUUCGUGUCGAAAUGAAAUGAGGUUGUCUGUGUGUGUUUUGAAAUGAGGUGGCUUGUUUUCAGCUUUAAGGAACAACAGCUGUACAGAGGAGCUUGGUAAUGGUGGGGGAGUGGUUGGUUACCUGCUUCUUUGCCUCUUUCUCUCACUUCAAAGUUUGAUAGUUGGGGUCAGGUCUGAAGCAGGAUAGAGGUUCUGUAUCUUCCUUUCCCCCCUCAUGAAGCAUGAUGGAUAGAUAUGUCAAUCCAUCAUGGUACUAUUGAGUGAAAGAAAACCUCUAAUACAAAAGAAGGACUUGGUAAGCAAUCCCAGAAAUAGGUUAUUUUAAAAAGAAAUGCAGCUGCAUUGCUUUUAAGUCCAGAACAUAUUAAUACACAACUUUGAUAAAGUUUGUUCUAGGGAAAAAAACUGUGACUCAAUUAGUAAUAUAUAAGCGUAUGUUUGUAUGACAGUGUGUGUACCUUACACAAAGACCAUGUAUAUUUAUUUUAAUUAUUUCCUGGGGCCUAAACACUGAAUAUGUUUGAAAGGAUUUUUAAUUCCUUGAAACUGUGAGUUGAAAAAUGAAAUUUAGACAGGAUUUUCCUAAAAUGCAGAGAAGUCACGAAAGACGUUUGAAAACAACAAAAACACUUGAUCCCAUCCCACUUCCAGAUCACUGUGGCCCAAAGAACUCAGUAUUUUGAUAAAGGGUGCUCUGUGGGAAUGAAAUUGAAUAGCAGAUCAAAGGAAUUAGAAUUUAAAAAGUUAAAAGACUAGACUUAAUUUUCUCCCCUGUAAACUGGAUUUAAUUGUCUUCCCCCAUCUUAUUAUUGAGAAGAUUCAAAGAGAGAAUAUAUACAAAUGCUUUACCUUAAAGCACUAAACAAAGUGCUUUAAGGAAUUUCGGGAAACGUCCCUUAAGGAUUUACUCUAUCAGCCAUGUCCAAGUCAUUGAAUUCCCAGGGAGAAACCACUAAGAAGCCGAUGUCAAUAGAUAGGAUGUUAAAUUAAAAGGGUCUACAGCUGUAUUUUGAAGCAGAGGGGACACAAACAGGACUUUCCACAGCUGGGCAUUGUGGGAGUUCAACCAGAUGGAAGAAAUCCCAGGGGUAAGUAAACUCCCUGCCAGCCAAAUCUGCCCUAUUGCCUGUUUCUGUAUGGCUCAAAAGCUAAGAAUGGUUUUUGCAUUUUUAAAUGGUUGAAAAAAGAUAUUUGGUGACACCUUAAAGUUAUGUGAAAUUAAGAUUUCAGUGUCAUAAAUAAAGUUUGUUUGGAACACA